CGAUGAACAGAUCCUCGUUUUAUAUAUCUUUGAUCUUUUGAGUUCAAGGUGUGCUUUUGGCAUAUAUUUUUCUGGGUGGCUUCUCAGUAAUAUCCAUUCUGAGACUGUCGGUGCGAGAGAGGAUCAACACUGUGACUCAUUGAUCUCAAGGGCAUGUGAAAAGAUGUUUUCAUCUGGUACAGCCGGUCCUCAACAAACGAUCCUGAGUUGUUCUGUCACGAAGCGCUCCAUCUUCUUGGUUGUGCUUACGAAUUUCAUCGACUUCGUUGCGGUAUCCGUGAACAUCUUGACCCUGCCGUUCUACGUGACGAAACAACUGCACGGCACCCCGCUGGACGUGGGCAUCAUUUUUUCGCUGAAGGCCGUGUCCGGUGCUGUUUUCCCCCCGGUGAUUGCGUCCCUUGCUGACAGCUACGGCAGGGCGACGGUUCUGUAUCUCAGCUCGCUCGGCGUGUCCUUCGGCCUGUUCGCGCAGGGCUUCUCGCCGACUAUUUGGCUUCUGGCGGUGAGCAACUUCUGGCUGGGAAUUUUCGUGGUGAUUCUCGAGGUUGCCCAGGUGUACUUUACCGACGUCGCGAAAGAUGAAGCAACCCGCCGACAGCUGCUCAACUGGCUGCAGACAAGUCAGCCGCUGGCCUGUCUGUUCGGGCCGCUGGUAGGAGGCGUUUUGUCGGCCGUGAGCUGGUCCUGUGGGUUUUUCUUCACCGGUGUGUUAUCCCUCGCGAUGUUUUUCAUCGACUUUCUGUAUCUGCAGGAAAGUCCUGCGUGGCUAGAGGCGAUGAGGCAACAAAGCAAGAAGUCAGAACUACGGAGCAGUGUAAAAGUGAAAGGCGACAGCGGGUGGAAAAGACAGGACGAUCAAAGUCGCACUACUUCAGGAAGUACUCGAAGUGUGGCCACGUCUGCCGCCCCGCGAGCAUCAUCUACUUCUAUGCACAAGAAGCCACUGACGAACGCAAAGAUCGCUCCGGUUCAAGCAACGGCACUGCAAACCCGCACACUUAUGGCGGUGUAUGUGGAUGGUUUUUUCCGAAAUUUCUCCGGUGCGGGCACGACAGCGAUUUUCACGCUGUUUUUCUGCGACGCGAUCGGGUUUACGGUGUUGCAGAUCAGCUAUCUGAUGUCGUUGGUCUCCGCCGCCCUGGUUUGCAGUACGACGUUUGUCGUUCCGGUGGUGCAGAGCAAAUAUGGGCACCGGACCGCCCUCCUCUGGGGGACUAGCGGUUCCGCCCUAUCCUUUUUUCUUCUCUGCGCCUGCGACCAGUCGAAGAAGUUGCUUGCCGUUUUAAUGCUCGUGACACUGAACGUGGGCAACAACAUUCGCAGCUGCAGCCAGCCGGUGUUGAUUGCUAUGUGUGCGCCGGACGUGACAAAACGCGGGCACGUGUUUGGCCGCAUGUGUCUUUACGGCAACAUCGGUCGGGUCGUGGGGACGCUGCUGUGUUCCUUCACCUCGGAUUUGUUCGGCGUCACAAGCUUUUUCCCCUUUUUCAUCCUAGGGUGUGUGUCCGUGUGCGCCGUGUGCUGUUUCUCUGCGCUCGUGCCGGCAGACACGGAACAGCGACUGGUAACCUCCGGCAUCGACCAGAUCCGCAGCAAGAUGGACCAGUUACAACAGCAACCCGGGACCAGCGAAGAGGAGAGGAAAACGGUGGCAAGUAGUCCGCGGAUGUCGGCAAUAAAGAACAAACCAAUGGCUCGGCUGCGCGAAGAGGAGGACAGUGAUCGGCCAGCCGCAGAGUCGCCACGGGAGAGCGCCGUGGAAAGCGACGAAGAGGAAAUGCUGGCACUGCGGCAAAGUUUGAUCAUCUUCGAGCAAUUACAAGAACACCAGCUGGAGCAGGACCCGCCCACGGAAAGGACCGAGGGUUUUGUAAGCCGUGGCGUGCUGUCCAGUAUUGUGAGUCGUGUCUCGGCCGCCCGACUCCAGCCUCCCGACCUCGAACUUCUAGACCUCGUCACCGUACCGCAUGUUCUAACUCCGGACAUUGCCGAGACCAGUAUGCGAAAUGCGUCGCUUUCAAUGAGAAUGUCUUCGACGCUGGUUCCUGACUAUCGCCGACCGACUCGUGCAACCAAACAAAGCCCGCGUAGGGAAGAAACCUCCCUUGCAAAACCGCUUCUGUCCUCUGGGUGAAAAUCGGUACACUAAGGAUUCGCUUCGUACAUUCAGCACGUAGUAUUACGACCAAGACGUUGGCGACAUCAACAUCUACAUCAACUCCGAGUGCCUAUGACAUUGGAUGGGCGGGGUCCGGGCCACACAUUUGCCUUUUCUCUGCAAAUUCGUCGUGUCUCCGAGAGAAUGAAGAAAGCGCGUCAAACUCGAGGAAUGUCCUCUUCCAUUUCGGCUGAAACUCCCACUUCUAGCGUGCGUCGACGAGAUCACAGUGCUUUCACACCUACUUCCUUGCGCCAAAGUGGUAUCAAACAACUAAUCCGACUCAUGAGUGAGGAAUAGCACUAGCACAGGGAAUUUUUUUGGCAAGGGAGAUCACGAUGGCGAUGACCUGGAACUCGCUCCGAAAGGUGAAGCCGGCGCGGGUAGAUGCGGACGACGCCGAAGCGAAUUCUCGUCGCACCUCCAUGGAGCACGACGCACUCCUGACGAGAAACGCGAAACUGCUUGCAAACAUGCCCAGGGGAAAUGGAAGCAUUGCCCUAACGACGAGAUCGCGGAAAAGCUCGUCGUGCAGUGAAAAAACCUUCCAGGCGGAGAAUGGGGCCACGAUAACAGUGCGCUGCAAGCAGGAGUGCCAGGAGACGAUUUCCUGCGUACGAGACGGUGAGGCAGCUCAGCUAGAGAAAAACCUUGCGAAGCUCUGAGGCGGAACAAGUUUUUUUUUGUUGUUGUAAAAGUAUAGCAGAAAAAGAAAAUCAACAAAACGACACACUGUACAAGAAUUGCUUUUGGUAUUGGAAUCACAUGAAGAUGCUAUUCGACGUUUGCGUCAACGUCGUCUGUACCUCCGGCGUUGAACGAUCACUCUGAAUAGAUCAAGAGCUUGUCGCAACAACACGGGAAAAUAGCACAUUCGCGAAGCUGCAGCCGUCAGACAUUGGGUGCAAUGUUCGACAGAAAAUCGUUCGG